AUGGCCCACAAAACGUAUACCAUCGUCAUCAAGCUCGGCACGCUGUCGCUUGUCGACGAGGUGACCCGCGAGCCCCGGUUGGCCAACAUGUCCCACAUCGUCGAGACCGUCGUCCGCCUUAAACGACUCGGCCACCGCAUCGUCAUCGUGUCGCUGGGGGCGAUUGCCGUGGGGAUGAAGCGGAUGGGCCUUACCGAAAAACCGCUGGAGCUUGCUAAAGUACAGGCGCUUGCUGCCGUGGGCCAGGGGGGUUUAUUCGGGUCGUUUGACCGGCUAUUCACCCUGUUGGACACCACGGUGGCCCAGAUUUUGAUCACGAGAAACGACAUUAUGGACUUUACUCAGUACCGCAACGCCACCAAUACCAUCAACGCGUUAUUGGAAAUGGGCACCGUGCCCAUCGUCAACGAAAACGACACCCUUUCGGUGGCGGAAAUCAAGUUCGGCGACAACGACACCUUGAGCGCGAUCACCGCGGGGAUGAUCCACGCCGACUACUUGUUUUUGAUGACGGACGUCCCCUGUCUUUAUACCGAUAACCCUCGCACCAAUCCCGAGGCGGCCCCGGUGCUUAUUGUUGAUAAUAUCGACGACUUACAAGUGGCCACCGAUACCGAGACCGGCGCCGGCUCUAAAGUGGGCACUGGGGGGAUGACCACCAAACUCAUCGCCGCUGAGCUUGCCACCAACGUCGGCGUAACUACCGUGAUUACCCUUUCCUCGCAACCCCACUUAAUCUUGGAUAUCGUGCUGAAUAUCCAGGACUACGAGAACUUGACCGUCACCGAGCAAACCACCAAACUUACGGGCGAGAUUGCUGCUGGGAGGAUGCCAUUACACACCCGCUUCUUGGGUUUAUCGCGGGAUAAUAUGAUGACGAAAGACCGCAGCAUCUGGUUGCUCCACGGCAAUAAGCCCAAGGGGCUGUUGAUCAUCGACCAAGGGUGUUAUGACGCUCUCACCCGUAAGAACCGGGCGGGGCUCUUACCAGCAGGCGUCACCGCCGUCGAGGGCCACUUCCACGAGCUGGAGUGUGUGCUGAUUAAGGUGAUCCCGACAAAAACAUCGCCGCUUUCCGAGGCGAAGAAAGUCGGCCAUUGUCGGGUAAACUACUCGCUGACGGAGAUAUCGAUGAUCAAAGGGUGUAAAUCACGCGACAUCGAGCGCAUCUUAGGCUUUGCCGACUCUGAAUACGUGGCUCAUCGCGAUAACGUCGCGUUCCCCCCAGCGAACCCGUCACACACCGAUUUGCCUCUGCUUGCCAAACAAGCGCUGUCGCAACUCAAUUUACGCCUGAGAGACCCGUCGCCGAUGCCGCCGUUCGCUCGAGGCAACUCUACAUUCACUAUUACUCCCUCGCCCGGUCCCGGAGCCUCCCGGUAA